AAUGAUUUUUCCGAUUGCUUCUUACAACCGGCAACAAUAAAUAAGAUCGGAAAUAUAAAUAUAAAUACAAGUAAAGAGAUAAGCAAAUUCCAGUUUCUUCUCUCAUUCUAUUCUCUGAAUAAUUCAUUUCGAUUCGAUUUUCACUCUCGAAAAUGGAGAAAGCGAUUAACAGACAGAAAGUUUUGCUUCAACAUCUCAAUCCUUCUUCAUCGUCGAUCUAUGAUAACGAUUCAUUUACCACCUCUCUCAAUGCUUCAGCUUGUAUGGCGGGCGAUAGUGCUGCUUAUCACAGGAAGGCUUCAUUUGGGGAUGAUGUAGUGAUUGUUGCUGCAUAUCGGACUGCUCUUUGCAAAGCUAAGCGGGGUGGAUUCAAAGACACUCAUCCUGACGAUCUCCUAGCUCCUGUUUUGAAGGCUGUAGUAGAGAAAACCAACUUGAACCCCAGUGAAGUUGGUGAUAUUGUUGUGGGUUCUGUAUUGGGAGCUGGAUCUCAAAGAGCUAGUGAAUGUCGUAUGGCUGCAUUUUAUGCUGGUUUUCCUGAAACCGUGCCUGUUAGGACAGUUAACAGGCAAUGUUCAUCUGGGCUCCAAGCUGUUGCUGAUGUAGCUGCUGCUAUAAGGGCUGGAUUUUAUGACAUUGGUAUUGGUGCCGGUUUGGAAUCCAUGACAACUAAUCCAAUGGCAUGGGAUGGAUCAGUGAAUCCUAAAGUGGAAAUGUUUGAAAAAGCCCAAAACUGCCUUCUUCCAAUGGGGAUCACCUCUGAAAAUGUUGCCAAUCGCUUUGGGGUUUCAAGGAAAGAACAAGAUGAAGCUGCUGUUGAAUCUCACAAGCGAGCUGCCGCAGCUACUGCUUCUGGUAGAUUUAAAGAUGAAAUCAUACCAGUUUCCACCAAGAUUGUGGACCCAAAAACUGGUGAGGAGAAAUCUGUCACCAUUUCUGUUGAUGAUGGAAUUCGACCUAACGCAACAUUGGCGGACCUAGGAAAGCUUAAAGCUGUAUUCAAGAAAGAUGGAACCACCACUGCUGGUAAUUCUAGCCAAGUGAGUGAUGGUGCUGGGGCUGUUCUGCUGAUGAAAAGAAGUAUUGCAGUGCAAAAGGGGCUACCCAUUCUUGGUGUAUUCAGGAGUUUUGUUGCUGUGGGUGUUGAUCCGGCCAUCAUGGGCGUUGGCCCAGCUGCUGCAAUUCCAGUUGCUGUGAAGGCUGCAGGUCUAGAGCUUGAUGAUAUUGAUCUAUUUGAAAUAAAUGAGGCAUUUGCUUCCCAGUUCGUAUAUUGCCGUAACAAGCUAGGACUUGAUUCACAAAAGAUCAAUGUUAAUGGAGGUGCAAUGGCAAUUGGGCAUCCUUUGGGAGCAACAGGUGCUCGAUGUGUAGCAACUCUUUUACAUGAAAUGAAGAGACGUGGCAAGGACUGUCGAUUUGGAGUAAUAUCUAUGUGCAUUGGUACCGGAAUGGGGGCAGCUGCUGUUUUUGAGAGAGGUGAUUCCGUUGAUGAGCUUCGCAAUGCCCGCGUAGGGGACAACCUUUACUUAAGUAAGGAUGCUCGCUAGAAUUAAUUACACGGUACUCAUGUCUAGUUGGUCAAUAUGACUAUAUUAAGAAAUUAGAAUAAAAGCUUUGUCUGUGAUAUAGUGAAAAUGUCAAUCACUGAUCAAUAAUUCUAUAAUUUCUAUUCAAGCUUUUUUUGUUUUGACCUUACCAGUAGAGUCUGUGUUUGGUAAAAUUUAUUGUAUGAAAGGAAAAGCUAAUAAAUAAUGCAAUAGCAUAUUUUAUCGCGUGUUUCUUCA